AUGGAUCUCGUCUACUCGUCAUGCGGCGCGUUGCUGUUCUCGUUCUACAUCAUCUACGACACGCAGAUGAUUGUGGGCGGUGAACACAAGCUACAGAUCAGCUCAGAAGAAUACGUAUUCGCUGCGUUAACCCUGUAUCUGGAUGUGAUCAAUCUGUUUAUCUUCAUCCUGAGGCUCUUAGGCAGCGGCAACAGGCAUAAUCCUUUAACGCUGCGUUGCCCCGAGCCCCCAUCCAGGAAUACCACACAUGUCGAUUCCGGUACUCAUGGCGGCCUGGGGCCGUCAAUGGGUCUUGUGCAGUACACAGAAUGCUGUACCGGAGCCAGUGAACCAAUCGUCAAAUUAUCACCUGCGCCAGCAAAGUACACGCCUGUCGAUGAUUCCCAAUCCCAAAUCCAGGAUCCCAAAUCCCAAAUCCAGAAUGCUAUGUUUACUACCGCAGUUACAAUUCCAAUUCCAAAUCCAGUUUCAACGUUCUGUACAAUUGUAGCCUGCUAUAUUAACGUCCAGGAGAUCCUGAGGGAAACUUCGGAGCGAACCAGCUACUAG